AAUGAAUACAUCACCUUGGCUUGUUCCUGUUAACUAAUCACCCGCUAGUUAGCGACGAACAGCUGCUUGGGAGGCACUGUAUUAAUAUUUAAUGUUUGACUGGCUCCAGCGCCUGUAACAACACUGAGUCUUACUAACACAACUUAAAAUGGCUAACGUUACCGCAGUCAUUGCCAAUUUGCGCGGAAACCUUGAUCAGUUCUUUUUGGUUAUCAUGGGAUGCCUAAUAUUUUUUAUGCAGGCAGGAUUUGCAUUUCUUGAGGCUGGAUCAGUGAGAUCAAAGAACACAACAAACAUCCUAAUCAAGAAUGUUCUGGACGUGUUUAUUGGUGCAGUGGCUUACUGGUUGUUUGGUUACUCGUUUGCGUUUGGAGGAGAAAGCAAUGGCUUUAUUGGACACGAUUACUUCGCGCUGGCAAAUUUACCAGCUGAGAAAUACUCUCAUUGGUUUUUCCAUUUCGUUUUCGCGGCCACAGCAGCAACGAUUGUCAGUGGUGCCAUGGCAGAGAGAACUGAAUUUAAAGCCUAUCUUGUUUACUCUUGGUUUUUAACCGGAUUCUUAUACCCAGUAGUCACUCACUGGGCUUGGGAUGAAAAUGGUUGGCUGUACAAGGGUGCGGAGUACAACAACGGCAAUGAAACCUUGUCUGUAACAUACCAGGAUUUUGCUGGUAGUGGGGUAGUUCAUGCACUUGGUGGUACAGUUGCCCUGGUUGGUGCAGCUAUUGUGGGGCCCAGGAUCGGACGAUUUGAGGGUGGUGCACCAGUGUUGCUUGCAGGCCAUACUGUGCCGAAAGCAGCUUUGGGAGGAUUCAUCCUGUUUUUCGGUUUCCUGGCAUUUAAUGGUGGCUCCCAGGCAGCCAUUGCAAAUGAGGGCGAUGCAGAUGCUGUAGCAUUGUCCAUUGUCAACACCAUUAUUGGAGGAGCCGCAGGUGCUCUUACUGCCAUGGUGGUCAAACGCCUGGGUUUUGCAGAUAAAUACUGGAGUCUGCUUUUCACCAUUAAUGGUGGACUUACUGGAAUGGUUGCCAUGUGCGCAGGUUGUAAUGCAGUCUAUCCCUAUGCUGCUUUGAUCAUUGGAGUAAUCGCAGGAUUAGCUUACGUGGCUUGGAGUACUGCCAUGCUGCGCCUAAAAGUUGAUGAUCCCUUAGAUGCUGUGGCCGUUCAUCUUGGAGGUGGUCUGUGGGGCGUGCUAUCUGUCCCCAUCUUUAAUAAGGAAUCUGGGAUAUUUGUAAAAGGAAACGAACUUGCAUUCCGUGCGUUUGGCUGGAACUUACUCGGUGUACUUGUCAUAAUGGCCUGGUCUGCAGCAUGGGCUAUCAUUUUAUUCUUUGCUUUGCAUCUCUUUAAACAACUUCGCGUCAGUGAAGAAAUCGAGUUGAAAGGUCUUGACAUUCCUAAACAUGGUGAGCCAGCAUACCCACUGUCCAGCUAUGGACAUGGGUGGUCAGAAUCUCCAUCAGCGCCUCGACAGAACUUCCCGUUUUACCAAACGAAUGGCGUUCCCCAGGCUGUGGAAGUCAAAUCAAAUCAGGACGGCGGCGUUCAUAAUCCCGCUGUUGUUGAUGACAAAGACACUCAGUUUUGAUGUUAAUCAUGAAAAUACCACGAUGUAAGGCUUUUGUAAGCAAUUUUGUAGCUUCUAUAUUCUAGUGCCAUAUUUUAAUGGCAAAUAAGAUCCUAAACAUUUUUCACAGCCUUCGGAGCUCGUAAUAUUUAACGCUUGCACCUCGCCUGAGCCAACCAGGUGAUAUAUCAACACAGUGCAGUGCAUUUAAUCUAUGACACAUGUUUUCACGAGCCACAUCGUUUUUGUUAUUCAAAUGAAUUCUCUUAAAUUCGGUUUAUAUUAGCAGAAUGAAAACGGUAGUCGUUUGUAUAAAAUUUGCCACUUGCUCUAACUUCUGUGGUGACUUAAGAUUAACACAAAAUCUAUAGUUAUGGAUUGUCUACCUAUGUCGAAAUAAUGUACGAACUUUGAGAGUUUUCACCAGAAUACACGGAGGUUACCUGGCCUGAAGAGUGAAAAGAAAUGUUUUAAAGAAUCUGUUUCUGGAUUUAGGAAAAGAACGCACGCAUACGUUUUUCAACUUUACGAUUUUUGCAGAGAAAUGCAAUUUUACCAAAGAAAUUACAGUGGCUCAGUCUUUCCCUAUUGUGCAGAUACAUAGCUCGAUGCGCUUGAGGAUGUAAGAUUACUCUAUUUUAUUAACUGCUGAAUGUCCUGUAUACUCGCUUGGUAAGAACAAAAUUUUUGUAAAAAACAUGAGA